AUGUCAAACGUACCGCAGGAAGACGACCGAUUCGGUGGUCAGAGUUCUUCACGAAGAGCCUUGAAGAAAGAUAUGAUGAUCGAUGAGUCUCUAGAGCGAGCAGAACCCACUGGGCUACUCUUGCAUGCGGCAGAGAGAGAUGGAAAAUUUACUGGCGCCCGUUCUAGUCACUCGACGAUCAACGGGACUACAGGUGUUACUGCAGAUGAUACAAGUGAAUGGCAGCGGAGGUACCAUUGUCUCCAGCUCAAAUCGCUUGCCUGUGAUUCUAUUCAAUAG